AUGAAGAGCAGGAGGCAGAACGGCCGCGGAGGAGCCGCCGCCGGCGCCAUGGCGCUGGACGGGAGCCACCACACCACAAGCAGCGGCUGCGGCGCCGGUGGGGUAGGAGGAGGAGGAGGUUGCAGCAAGAUGGAGCGCAAGGAGGUGGAGAAGAACCGGCGGCUGCACAUGAAGGGCCUCUGCCUCAAGCUCUCCUCCCUCCUCCCCGCCUCCUCCUCAGACCACCACCUCCGCCAUUAUUCCACUUCUUCCUCUUCCUCGCCGCCCUCCAGCAGCAAGGACGCGGCGACGCAGCUGGAUCAGCUGGACAGCGCGGCGGCCUACAUCAACCAGCUCCGGGGCCGCAUCGACGACCUCAAGCGCCGCAAGCAGGCCGCCCUCUCCGGCGGCUGCUCAUCCUCCGUCUCCGCCGGCGACUACAAGCCACAGACUACGGCGUCGCUGCCGGUGAUCGAGGUUAGGCACCAGGACGGGACUCUGGACGUGGCGCUGGCGAGCGAGGCCGGGCGGCCCUUCCGGUUGCACGAGGUGAUGGCGGUGCUUGAGCAGGAGGGCGCUGAGGUGAUCAGCGCCAGCUUCUCCGUGGUGGGCGACAAGAUCUUCUACACGGUCCACUCGCAGGCGCUCUGCCCCCGCAUCGGCCUCGACGCCGGCCGCGUCGCCCAGAGGCUGCGCGGCCUCGCCGCAGCCGCCACCGUCUCGUCCCUCCUGACAUGA